UCCCGCGAACAGUGACCAUGUGUGAUGUUCGUGCGUCGUGGGAAGCUCGCUGUGAAUGACAGAGGGGACACGAGUGAAGAUUGCCAGUUUUAAGAUGGUCCUGGGGAUGAAAGUCGCCCUGCUGGAGCCGCUCACUCAUGGACUCUGGAGCUGAUAGGUCGUGAGUCAUGUUGCGGUAUCUCUGCGCCGAAGCGUUCGGGCAUCCUGCCCUGCGCUCCGUCCUCUCCGGGCCGUCGUCCUGGGCUACGCUGAACAAGACAAGCCCACGGUACCUGAGGCAGCUGAGCUCCAGCCCACGAUGGGUCAGCACCUCCGUCCCUGCAUGCUCUGCAGCCCCACAGAGGGGUCCUCCUGGAGAUGGUCAGCAGAGCCCCGACUCCGCUGGACAGAGUGACCUCACGGAGCCCGAUCCGCUGCAGGACAAGUCCAGCGGCCUCGUCCAGAGGUUUAAAAAAACCUUUAAACAGUACGGCAAAGUGAUGAUCCCCGUGCACCUGGUCACGUCCUCCGUUUGGUUUGGAGCCUUUUACUACAGCGCUAUGAAAGGAGUGAACCUGGUGCCGUUUCUGGAGUACAUUGGAUUUCCUGACCGGCUUGUUAAACUCCUGGAGAAUUCCCAGAGUGGCUAUGCACUGACUGCUUAUGCCAUGUAUAAGAUCGCCACACCUGCGCGGUACACAGUGACUUUAGGAGGAACGUCCCUGUCGGUGAAGUAUCUGAGGAAGCACGGCUACCUGUCCACCCCUCCGCCCGUCAAAGAGUACUUCCAGGAGAAGAUGGAGGAAACGAAAGAGAGGAUCUCGGAGAAGAUGGAGGAGACGAAGGAGAGGAUUUCGGGGAAGAUGGAGGAGACCAAGGAUCGCUUCUCGGAGAAAAUGGAAGAAACCAAGGACAAGCUGACAGAAAAACUCCAAGAAACCAAAGACAAAGUGGGAUUCAGGAAGAAAUCCGAGUAGCUUUUACAGCUCACGAGGAUCUUUCUUCCGUUGUGAGGUGUUUCCAGUAGAAAGACAGUGCACUAGACUAGGUCUCUCUCAACGUCAUGAGGUUCCACACGAUCGACUUGACAGCAGAACAUCCGUCUCCACUCACAAAGCCUCUGAAAGUGAUUGUUCACCAAUAAGAAUUCACUCACCCCAAAUGUGGUUAAUUAAGCAAGAUACGUUUAAACGGGUCCGUGACGCAGAGCUAAAACAGGAAAUUCCACUGUUUUUACAAAACUUCCUGCAUAACUGUUUAAGAUGUAAACAGAGAGAUCCAGAGGGUUUGGUGUGAACUGGUUCAGACGUCUUUACAGUGGUGGUGAUGGGAACCAGGCAUUUGAGCCAGUUUAAAAGUUUUAUCUGUCUGCGAGUUCGUGGUCCAUCCAGCUCGUCCCUCUGCGUCUCUGUGUCUGUUACGUUAUGGAGUCACUCUAGACAAAUAGAAAGAGAUUCAGAGGGUUUGGUGUGAAAUAGUUCAGGUUUCUUUACAGUGGUGGUGAUGGGAACCAGGCGUCGCCAUGACUACAACACAGAUAUAGACACUUUAUUUACCAUCCAGAACCACCA